AUGGCACCACCACCCUCAGCCACAAUUGGCCAAAUGAUAACUAGUGUAUUCCUUCUCCUCCUCCUCCUUGCUCCGGUAACCCAAAAUGCAAAAUCCAUGUUGCCUAGAACAGAUAGAGAACUUUUAGAGUUUUCUUUAAAUUUGGAAUAUUUGGAGGCUGAGUUCUUCUUACAUGGAUCUAUGGGUAGGGGUUUGGAUCAUAUCCAACCGGGUCUUGCAGGUGGUGGACCACGACCCAUCGGUGCAAGGAUUGCUAAUCUUAGUCCUCUGGUUAGAAAUAUAAUCAUGCAAUUCGCAUAUCAAGAAGUUGGUCACAUAAGGGCCAUUAAAAGCACAGUACCUGGAUUUUCAAGACCACUGUUGGAUUUAAGUGUAAAAUCAUUUGCAAAAGUAAUAAACAAAGCAUUUGGAAGACACUUAUUCCCACCUUUCAAUCCUUAUGCCAAUGAUCUCAAUUAUGUGCUUGCCUCAUACAUCAUUCCUUACGUUGGUCUCACUGGUUAUGUUGGAGCAAAUCCAAUACUAAAAAGCAAUACUUCAAGAAAGCUUGUAGCCGGUCUUUUGGGAGUAGAAUCAGGUCAAGAUGCAGUUAUUAGAACUCUUCUUUACGAACGAGCAACACUAAUAGUGGUACCAUAUGGUAUUACAGUAGCAGAAUUUACUCAUAAAAUCUCAAAGCUACGCAACAAAUUAGGGCGAGCUGGCCUAAAAGAUGAAGGGCUUGUUGUCCCUACGUACCUACUUGGUAGAGGGGUGCUAACUGGAAAUGUUUUAGCUGGCAAUACAAAUUCACUUGCAUUUGGUCGAACACCAAAAGAAAUACUUCGUAUUGUGUAUGGAAGUGGAAAAGAACAAGUUCCCGGAGGAUUUUUCCCAAAAGGUGGUAAUGGGUUAAUCGCUAAAAGUUAUUUGAAGAAAAAAAAGUUAGAUAAUUUGCCUUCUCUUGUUUAAUGUUUGUAAUGGAACAUAAAAGAUCAUUAUAUAUAUCCUAGU